GUCAUGUGUUCCCUGCUCUUUGUUUUCAAGGAGACAAGAUUCGGCAAUCAUAAGUUUAUGACUUGUCUGCUCCUGGGGGGGGAAGACAUCUGAAACUUGAAACUGAUCUAGUUCACCUGCAAUACUGUAUUCCUUUAUUCCACUACUCAUGUGAAAGCCAUUAUUUGCUGACAUUCAGGUGGAACGUGAAAUCUUUUUCACCUGUGCUGUUACCAUAGGACUGAACAAUGGUACUCAUAUUAGGAAGAAGACUGGUCAGAGAGGAGGGUGGGAUACGAGAAUCGCCAGCAACUAAAAGAAAAGUAUUUGAGAUGGAGCCUAAGCAGUUGACUGGUCAUGAAGUUUUUGAGUUUAACUCUGGCUCUACACAUUCUGAAAGCAUCCUUCAGGUCUUUAAUGAGUUCAGAGAGAGCCGAUUGUUUACUGAUGUAAUUAUCUGUGUUGAGGGCAGGGAAUUCCCGUGUCACAGAGCUGUCCUUUCUGCCUGCAGCAGCUAUUUCCGGGCUAUGUUUUGUAAUGAUCACAGAGAAAGCCGUGAGAUGCUGAUUGAAAUUAAUGGGAUUUAUGCAGAAGCAAUGGACUGUUUCUUACAGUAUGUUUAUACCGGAAAAGUGAGAAUCACAACUGAAAAUGUUCAAUACUUGUUUGAAACCUCAAGCCUAUUUCAGAUUGGUAUUUUACGUGAUGCGUGUGCCAAAUUUUUGGAAGAACAGCUAGACCCAUGCAAUUGCUUGGGGAUUCAGCACUUUGCAGACACCCAUUCCCUCAAAACUCUCUUUACCAAGUGUAAAACCUUUUCACACCAAGCAUUUGAAAUUGUCGUUCAACACGAGGAGUUUCUGGAGCUGGGUAAAGCAGAACUCAUUGACUAUAUCUGUACAGAUGAUUUAGUUGUGAGCAAAGAAGAGUUGGUCUUUGAAGCAGUCAUGCGUUGGGUGUACCAUCAUGUUGAUGUCCGAAGACCCAUGUUGCAAGAACUCUUGACACAUGUCCGACUCCCUCUGUUACAUCCCAACUAUUUUGUGCAAACUGUAGAGGUUGACCAGUUAAUUCAGAAUGCCCCUGAUUGUUACCAGUUGCUUCAUGAAGCAAGACGAUAUCACAUCCUUGGUAAUGAGAUGAUGUCUUCGCGGACCAGGCCUCGCAGAUCUACAGGAUACUCCGAAGUGAUUGUGGUGGUAGGAGGAUGCGAGCGUGUUGGAGGGUUUAAUCUUCCAUAUACUGAAUGCUAUGACCCUGUGACUGGAGAAUGGAAAUCGCUAGCUAAGCUGCCAGAAUUUACUAAAUCAGAAUAUGCUGUGUGUGCUCUUAGAAAUGAUAUUCUUGUUUCAGGAGGUAGAAUCAACGGCCGUGAUGUUUGGAUGUAUAACUCUCAGCUAAACAUCUGGAUCAGGGUUGCUUCUUUAAACAAAGGAAGAUGGCGUCAUAAAAUGGCUGUUCUACUUGGGAAGGUGUACGUGGUUGGAGGAUAUGAUGGGCAGAAUAGACUGAGCAGUGUUGAAUGUUAUGAUUCAUUCUCUAAUCGGUGGACAGAUGCUGCUCCACUUAAGGAAGCUGUGAGUUCACCAGCAGUCACCAGCUGUGUUGGAAAACUCUUUGUGAUUGGUGGGGGACCCGAUGACAACACCUGCUCUGACAAGGUUCAGUGCUAUGAUCCAGACACUAACACAUGGUUACUAAGAGCCUCAAUUCCUAUAGCAAAGAGGUGCAUUACGGCAGUAUCCUUAAAUAACCUCAUAUAUGUCGCUGGAGGGCUAACAAAAGCAAUUUAUUGCUAUGACCCAGUGGAGGAUUUCUGGAUUCAUGUGCAGAACAUGUUUAGCAGACAGGAAAACUGCGGCAUGUGUGUAUGUAACGGGAAAAUCUUCAUACUUGGUGGAAGAGGUGAAAAUGGAGAGGCAACUGAUACUAUUCUGUGUUAUGAUCCAGCGACCAGUAUCCUCACUGGAGUAGCUGCUAUGCCCAGACCCGUGUCUUAUCACGGCUGCGUUACAAUUCACAGAUACAAUGAAAAAACCUUCAAAAUGUGAACUGUCAAUCACAUUGAACAAAAAAAAAAAAAGGGAGGAGCUAGUGUACAUUAAACAGACUUGGAAUAAUCCUUCAUCUUCCAAGGGAGGCAAAUCGAUCAAUUCAUCUAGCUCAAACGUAGUAUAACACUAAAUUCUUAAUUUCUUUUCUAACUUUUCAUUUUCUGGAUAUAUAAAAAUAUCUGCUUGCUUGGCCAGUGGGCGGUUUGGCUCCUAGGGAAGAAAAAAAAGACUUGUUUAAUAUUUUUGUAAAAUUAUUUUCUUAAAACUUCUUUUAUAUAAGUAUUUUUUAAUUAUAAUUUCUGGUUUCGCGUUGUAUUUUAAGUGCGAUAGGUGGAUUCUUUAAACAUAGUUUCUACAACCAAUGCCUUUUAAUGUGCCUGAUUGAUGAGCAGUAAUUCCUUGAAAAGAAAUUAUUAAUUGUUGAACGUAUAUAAUUUUUACAACCCAAAAACUCCUGUACAUCAUUCGUUUAAUUUGGGUUGCUGUAUUCUGCUUUUGUUAACCACUUUAAUUGCUUGCAUUACCUUUUAUAUAGCGU